CAGAAUUCUAUUUAUUUGCCUGUUUUGUUCAACAAAGGGCAAUGUACAUGACACAGGACCUUUCAGAUCACUUACUGGAGGAGAUGAGGACAUCCUUUAGUUUGUAGUCUUAUAGUAGAUGCCUGCUACCAAACAACUGUGAGUCUUUAAAAGUGAAAAUUAACUGAUUCCUAACAGUGGGGCAUUACGAGUGUGACUGAGAAAAUGGCCUCCAGACGGUCUCUCCUAGAAGAUGAUCUUUCCUGUCCUGUGUGCUUAAACAUCUUCAGUGAUCCUGUCCUCCUAUCAUGUCGCCACAGCUUCUGUAAAGCCUGUCUACAGGAGUGCUGGAGGCAGAGGAUUUCAGGAAUGUUCAGUUUGUAGGGAAGUAUUUUCAAUGGGUAAUCCACUCUGUAACCGGGCUGUAAAGAACCUGUGUGAGGCUGUCUUAAAGGAAAGGAGUUAGAACGUUUCAGAAGGAUCUGAGGUGCUCUGCAGUCUGCACGGUGAGGAACUCAAUCUCUUCUGUAUGGAGGAUCAAGAGCCCAUUUGUGUGGUGUGUCGUGAUUCAAGGAAACAUAAAAAGCAUGACUGCAUCCCCAUACAGGAAGCUGUACAGGAACAUAAGGUGAAACUCAAGACUGUAUUGAACCCCCUAAAAGAUAAACUGAGGCUCCUUAAUGAAAUCAAACUCACCUGUGAUAAAACAGCAAAACAUAUCAAGAUCCAAGCCCAGUACACAGAGAGGCAGAUUAAGGAGCAGUUUAAAAAGCUGUACCAGUUUCUGCGAGAGGAAGAGGCGGCCAGGAUAGAUGCAGUGAGGAUGGAAGAGGUGCGGAAGAGUCAGGGAAUGAAGAACAAGAUAAUAGAGAUGAACAGAAAAAUAUCAUCACUUUCAGACACAAUCAAAGCCAUCGAACAACAGCUGAGAGUUGAAGACUUGAUCUUGAUCUUAUGAGUCGAUAUUGUAUAUUGUGAGUAUUGUAGCAAUCCUUCCUAUAUGAGCCACGUUACAAUUCCCACCAAGUGGGUUAACCCUAUGGGGCGCAAUGCGUAGGGUGUUUGCCUUUCAUGUCAGUGACCCGGGUUCACUUCUCUGCGCCCCCAUUCACUACAUUGGUGUCAGAAAUGGGAAUGCACAGCCCAGAAUGUGUGAGGGGUCUAAGUAGUCAAAGCAUGUUCCUUCCUGUUUGGAUGGGGCAAUAUAGCGAUCCUCGCUAUAUGAGCCAAUUUACAAUUCCUACCAAGUAGGAAUGCAUAGGUGCCUUUCACGCCGGUGACCUGAGUUUGCUUCCCUGCCCUGCCGUUCUCUACAGUAUUAUUUACUGUUUAUUUUAUUGAUAACACUGAUUUGCAUCUCACCUGCUUUCUUGUUCCUCUUCAGAACUCCAAGGCCUCUGUGAAAAGGUAAGUGAUCUUAAUCCUGUAUCUCCUCUCUGUGGUUCAGAACCCAUCAUCAGAGCAGUAUUGAACACUAAACGUUCUUCGAGAGCCCAGCACCCACUGCCGGAUGCAGAGAGGGUUUCCAGAGCGCUGAUAGAAGUGGCCAAACACCUGGGCAACCUGCAGUUCAGAGUCUGAGUGAAGAUGCAAGGGAUUGUUCAUUACAGUGAGUGUUUUACAGCAACAACAAAAAACAACAGUAGUUUUCGUCUGCGCCUUGUUCUUAGUCCUAGAACAGUAUCAGUCAAAGGAGUUUAAAAGGCAAAUUCAGAUGAAAUCCAGUAGUGACCCCCAUACUGUUCUGAAUAAUAAAAACAAUGUUAUUAUAUUUAUUGCAAUGCUCAUAUUUAAUGUUAGUAUCAAUUAAACUUGUGGGUAAUUUCCAGAGUAAAUGAUAAAGUUAAAUUCUCUCAUCAGCUCCUGUAAUCCUGGACCCCAAUACUGCAGGCACACGUCUCAUUCUGUCCGAGGACUUGACCAGCUUAAGGGAUGCUGAUAGAGCACUACAGCUUCCUGACAACCCAGAGAGGAUUGAUGGAUGUGUCCUAGGCUCUGAGGGUUUUAACUCAGGAACACACAGCUGGGAUAUUGAGAAUUUGGAUGGUUACUAUUGGGCUGUAGGUGUGACCACUAUGCAUGCCAACAGGCCUAAUAAUUGUAGCGAUAUUCCAAAUGAAUCCUGGGGUGUUUGGACUACUUGUGGUGCAUACCUAGAAAUGUCCCCAAAGCCAAAUCUCCAUGACCUCACAGUAGAUCACUUUCCCCAAAAGAUGAGAGUGCAUCUGGACUGGGCCAAGGCAAAGCUGUCAUUCUUUGACCUUGAUAAAAACAUACACAUACACACAAUCACACACACUUUCACAAAGACAGUCUACCCUAUAUUUCAUCAUGAUAAAACUUUGAGGAUCUUACCAGUGAACACCAGUGUGACAGUGAGAAAAUACAGUUAAAUACAGCACAAAUUGAUAUAAUAGUUUAACUGCCACAACACUGUUUCCUAGCACUCUACUCAUAGUCCUGAGUGUUGGAGAGGUGUGCAUUGGUCUUGUCUUCACUAUCUUUUAGAGACACAUUUAGCUCUAUAACAAUGAUUCAAUGGAUUCUGACCCUGGUCUUAUCAACAGGUGAAGCAAUCAAAUUGUUCAUGUAUCACAUCACUCAUUUUAUGUAGCCUAAUGUUGAUAUUUUAAUGAUUCAGUAAAAGUAUUUUGAUUGCUGUGGAUGUUUUUCUAUUGUCAGAUA